AAAAAAAUUUUAAUUUCGUUUCUAAUAUCAACAAUAGCAAGUAUAGCAUGGGCAUGCACAGGUGACUACGAAUGUGGUAAGGGUUAUCCAUAUGCAGCAUGUAAUGGUGGUCUAAAUGUUUAUCCGGGUAUAGCUUAUGAUGGUAAUUUUAAUUUGUUAAUAGCUGGUAAAUUUAAUUCAACACAUAAUGGUCCAUUUGGUGUAUCCGCUAUGUUCAAUAUUCCAAUCACAACUUUAGAUGGUGAAAUUCACAAGAAAUUUGAUAUCCGUGGGGAAGUAGAAGAAGGCUCAGGUUCUUUCAGUAUCUUUAGAUUUUUAAAAUAUUUACCACAGCCAAAAUACUAUUAUUUUAUUAUGAACCAAGCCGGUGCUCCAAUUUUUUCAAUUCUUACCGAAAAUGACCAUACAAUUACACAAAUUUGGAAUAUUCAUAAUACUCCAUUCACCAUCGAUUUCAUCGAGAGUGAAAAGAUUACUGUAUACUCAGCCUAUGGUAUUUACAAAAUCAAUAACAUUCCAACCAAAAAGAGUGACUCUGAUGGAGCUACUCUCUUAUACCAAAAUCAAAUCGUUAAUGGUCUCGCCAUUGAUCAACAAACAAAGAAAGAUAUUUAUAUGUCUACUUAUGAUGGUACUCUCUUAAAAGGUUCAAUAGAUUGUUCAAACUGUACCCAAGAUAAAUUAAUUAAAAUUGGUCAAGAUGCCAAUGCCGCUAAAUUAACAGACUUUAUAGAAUCUCGUGGUAUGAUUUAUUAUUCAUAUAAUGGAGGUAUUUCAAAAAUUUCAGUAGAUGGCAAUAGUACUGCUAUUCAAAUUGUCAAAGAUGAAAAUGUAGUAGCCCUUACAGAAUUCAAUGGUAUUGUUUAUUUCUUAACAAGUGACGGUGUAGUUAAAUCAGUUUUAUCAGAUAGCGAUAACCUUAAAAGAACUAUCUAUACACCAACCUCUGACCACCAAUGCCAACCAGCUGUCGGUUUCCAAGACUUAAAUGGUACAUGCACUGGUACAGUACUUUGGGGUUAUAAAGGUAUUCCACGUUGUGUUCCAAAUAAAGAAGGCUCACAAGUUCCAGAAAUUUGUUAUACUGAAAGUCAAUGCUCAAAUACCCAAUUCUUUAGAUGUGUUAAUUCAAAAUGUGAAUGUUUGGAAAACUUUUAUGGUGCAAAUUGCGAAUCGUGUGAUGGCAAAGUUGAAUAUAUUUAUAAUGGUAUUCCAACAUGC